AAACACCCCUAAUAAAAAAAACGAUCUCGAAAUUUCCGUCUUUUUUCCCUCCAAACAGUGUUGUGUAUAGUGGCGGAGCGCCGCCGUGUUUACAAUUUUCAGGAACGGCGGAGUAAUGGAAAAUGAUAAGCCAAUAACAACCAUGUGCGCAGUGAUAGCUAUGGAUCACACCAGUUUCUGUUACAGAGUUUGUUCUAUCUGUGAGAGAACACUCCCUGAUAACCCAUCUUCUUCUGUUUGCAAAUUCUGCAACUUCAACGCCUUCAAUCCCAGUCUCUCUUCCUCCAAACGUGUAUUUCGUCUUCUUAUGUCAAUUGCAACGGAUAGGAAAGUACAAACUGUAAUAUGCUUUGAUAGGGCUGCUAGGGUUCUGUUUGGUUGCUCUGCUGAUGAGUUUUUCGACUUUGCUAAGCUACAUCCUUUUGCUGCUGAAACUGUAAGUGAAAUUCUGGAGGGAGAGAUGUUUAGAAUCACAAUCUCUAAACCGAAGAAUGGCAAUGCACAACACUCAAGAGUUGUCCAAGUUGUUCCUCUGAGUUCAGGUUUUCAACCAGCAAUUUUUAGACUGAGGGAAUUGUAUGGGAACAAGAGUUAGUAUAACAUUAUCUUCAUCCGGUGAGCGUCAGUGAAGCUGCACCAUGGAAUUGUCAUGUUAUGCAUCCAGACAAAAAGAAGCAUCAAAUUCAAAGCUGUCCCUUCAUCUAAGCUCAAUUCUUCUUUGUCAGAUGUUCAAAAUUGAGCCAAAUGAGCAGAUGGGUGAAACUGUCCCUUCAGCUUCUUUAGCUUUUUCAAUUUGGUCAUGUGUAGUGCUCAAACAUCUACUCUAAACCUUUUGACAUUGUAGCAGCCACUAGUAAGAAUUUGUAUCCUUUGUUUUUAAGCAGUUUACCCUAAAAACUUAAUAGAUAUAUUCGUUGAGUGCAAUCGAGCUGAUGUUUUUUUAUGAGUUCUAUAA